GUUGCGGGUGCAAGAGCAGCAGGAUCUGAAAUCUUUGCUGCGGAGAGAGACGACUGAGAGCUGGGCGGGCUCGCCAGCCCUUUGACGCUGCACCAAAAAUCCAGGCUGCAUGACCAUCACAAAGAUGUCAUGGUCCCCUCAGUACCGGAGUUCAAAAUUCCGCCACGUUUACGGCAAGGCAGCCAGUAAGGAGAAGUGCUAUGACUGUGUGCCUAUCACCCGCAGUGUUCACGACAAUCACUUCUGCGCUGUGAACCCGCAUUUCGUUGCUGUUGUGACCGAAUGUGCCGGUGGAGGAGCCUUUAUUGUAAUACCAGUAAAUCAGACAGGAAAACUUGACCCGCAUUACCCUCGCAUCUGUGGGCACAAAGGGAAUGUUUUAGACAUUAAGUGGAACCCUUUCGAUGACUUUGUAAUAGCCUCAUGCUCUGAAGAUAACACUGUUAAAGUCUGGAACAUUCCUCACCACUUACUCACCAAAAGCAUCACAGAUGCACAGAAGGAGCUUCUUGGUCAUUCGCGAAGGGUGGGGCUCAUUGAAUGGCACCCAACUGCGAGCAACAUCCUUUUCAGCACUGGCUAUGAUUACAAAAUCAUGAUCUGGAACCUUGACACCAAAGAGUCUGUAAUUCAGACCCCGGUGAAGACAAUCCACUUCCACACGGACGUCAUUCUUUCCAUGUCGUUCAACACAGACGGGAGCCUCUUAGCCACGGCCUGCAGGGACAGGAAAAUAAGGGUCAUUGACCCACGCGCAGGAACUGUCUUACAGGAAGCAAACAACAAGUCUCACAGAGUGAAUAAAGUUUUGUUUCUAGGAAACAUGAAAAAGCUGCUCUCCACGGGGACAUCCAGGUGGAACAACAGGCAAAUUGCACUAUGGGAUCAGGGUGACCUUUCCGUGCCUUUAGUAGAGGAGGAUGUGGACGGGUCCUCGGGUCUCUUGUUUCCUUUCUAUGACUCGGACACACACAUGCUGUAUGUGCUGGGCAAGGGCGACGGGAACAUCAGGUACUACGAGAUAAGUUCGGAGAAGCCAUACCUAAAUUACCUGAUGGAGUACCGCUCCCCUUUGCCCCAGAAAGGAAUCGGUUUCAUGCCAAAGAGGGGUCUGGAUGUCUCUUCCUGCGAGAUCUUCCGAUUCUACAAACUGAUCCCAGCCAAGUACCUGAUAGAGCCGGUGUCUAUGAUAGUUCCGCGUCGGUCUGAAUCGUACCAGGAAGACAUCUACCCGAUGACGGCUGGAGCCCAGCCAGCCCUGACGGCACAAGAAUGGCUAAGCGGCAGUAAUAAAGGCCCCAUCUUGAUGUCUCUGAGACCAGGCUCCGUCAUCUUGAACUCUUUGCCGCCGCUCCCUGCGAAGGAGGCAAUGCUGGAGGCCACAGAGCCUGCGCAGCUCCGGGCCAGGGUGGCAGACAUCAUUGAAAAGCCAAGCAGGGUGCAAGAGAGAUGGGGGUACUGGAAUGCCGAGGAGAGGGGGCCAGAAGACAGGAAAAUCGGGCUGUCGAACGGUUUUGAUGUUUUUGAGUGUCCUCCGCCCAAAACAGAAAACGAGCUGCUGCAGAUGUUUUACCGGCAGCAGGAAGAAAUCCGGAGGCUCCGCGAACUGACGAUUCAGCGGGACGUGCAGAUCAAACAGAUGGAGCUGGAGAUUAAAAACCUUCGCAUGGAUUCAGGCAGGUUCUGACGGGACGUCCCUUGGCAGCCUUUGGGAAGGCGGUUCAGACUCCAGGACGGUGGUUGCCUCCAAGUACUACUGCGGGGAGAUUUUGCAUUAGAAGGACUUGAGAUCUUAUAGGCAACUCAUUGCCUGCCUCAAGUGCCCAUUUUCUGGAAGCCAGAGGCCGCUGGGAUUCUUACAGUUGCUUUGUUUACUAGCCACCUUCUUCGAACCAGAGAACGAACUGGUUUGAAAGUGGCCCCAGAGUCACUCUGGGAAGUCUCAGUGUGAAGGCAGAGGCUCCAGCAGCUCCCCUGUGCCUGUGUGUGCCCGGUACUUCAUUGAGGAGCAGCAAGGGAAUCUUCCAAGUCCCCGGUGCCCAUCUGAGCUUGGCCAUGUGGUGGUUUUGACUCAUCCAAGCUGCCCAGUAAUGAACCGUUGCAACAUGAAGGCAAAGUGGCUCAGGACUCUUCCCUGUUCCCCCCCGGAGCUGAACAGAGCAGGCUAAUUCUACACUGAAUUACUUUUGUCUCUCUCGUGGUCGAUGAUGGUGGCGGGGGGCAUGUCUUAAGUCAUCCGCUUCCCUUAGUUUUAUGGGUUUUCCUUUGCAAAUAUGGUUGCACUCAAGAGGUGAGGAGCAAAGAAAUGGGAGUCUAUCAUCAGUUAGUAAAGGCAAAAUCAGGAAUGCAGGUUUGUUUGGUUAUAAAGGGAAACUAAUUUCAAAAGCCAAGCUUUUGAAAGGGAUGUUUCAUUGUUGAGCCUUGUGAAGCAGACGUAACCAGAGCAUAUCUGCAGCUCCUGUCUAUACACAGUCAUCUUCCAACUUCACCCAUAAUAUUUCCAGAGGAUCACUUCAUGCCUUAAGCCAACAAUAGACUGAGGACCAAUUCUCUGAACUGGCUUCCUUCCAGUUGCCUCAAACUCAACCUUCCACUAGAUGCUUCUUCCCUCGGUCACUUUUCCACUGAAUAUUGUUGCCAGAAUUAAUAUGGGACAUUGCAGGGCAGUGUCCAGAAAGGAGUUUAGACACCCAGUUUCCAGCUCAUCUUAUAGAAUACUCCGUCCUUCCCGGUUUCACCUGGUUCCGAGCCUGUUUCUAUGAUUAUGCUUUUGCAAAAUCACAAGGCUCUUCUUUCAAAUGGUUUCCCAUCUUCUGCUCCGAUGCCUACGACCAAUGCUUUGCCUGAUCUUCCAUUGCCUGCUGAUUCCCACACAAGUCUAUGCAAAGCACUGCCACCCAUGUAAUUGUCCUUCCUGGUCUCGGGACUGACCACUUGAAAUAUCCAAAGACUGUGA